GAUAAACACUGCAGAUUUAAAACCAGACCCAAGCAGUGCAGUUGACAGCUCCAAUACAAAUCAACAAGGGGACAACCUGGAAAUGAAAAAUACUGAUAAAGACACUGAAGUUAUUCAUAGCACAGAGGAAAAGAAAGAAGAGAAUGUAGAGUUGUCUAGCCCACCAACUAAGAGCCAAAAAGAGGAGAACUCAGUAGAGGUAAUAGCCAGUGCUCUUUCCUCAGAAGCUCCAGCUAUGGUGAAGGAUGAAAUUUUUCAGAAAAUCUUGUCUGAUAAAGAAAAAUUCCCAACUGCUAGCAUGCUGGAUUUUGCUGGUCAGUUAGCGUAUUAUGCCUGUCACCAAAUUUACGUAACACCAAAGGCCUUCUUCAUCCUUGUGUUGGACAUGACUAAGAGGUUUGAAGAUGUUGUUGAUAAAAAGAAAGAUAACCAAGAAGGAUCAAUCUUCUCUGUGUGGACAUACAAAGACUACCUGAAGUUUUGGAUUACCUCAAUCAAGACAUUUGGAGGCAAAGCGGCACCACUGUUUCUUGUUGUCACACACACAGAAACAAAGUCUACAGAUGAAAUAGAGAAGUAUUUGGGGGAGUUUUGGAAUGCCGUACCCGAUGACGAUAAAGAUUGGUUAAGUGGGUCUCUGAAUGAUCGAGAAUAUGCAGUAGGUCUAAAGGAACUUAAUGAUAAUACCAAGGAAAUACUGGAGUCAAUGAAAAAAUCCAUAGUGGAACUAUUCGCAGACAAGAACAAUACAAAAGUUGAAUUGCCUUCUUCAUGGGCUCUAAUGGAGCAGUUAUUGUAUGAAGGAGGCUGGAAGGUUUUGUCCCUGAGUGAAAUCUGGAAGCUCAACACAUCUCUUCCCGAUGAAUACCAAAUCAAAAAAGACAAGGAAAUGUCCGAAUUUUUAAAAUGUUUCCAUGACAAUGGUCUUCUUUUGAAUUUUGGAGAAGCGGACUUGAGGGAACAUGUUAUACUAGAUAUUCAGUGGUUUGCUAAUGCUUUCAGCAAGAUAAUUGCUGAUGAAAAUCACAUCAAUAAAGAUUGUAAAAGGAAAUUAAUUAAAGAGUGGAAAUCCUUCAACAAAACGGGGGAACUUAAAGAUAAAGUGAUAAAUGCACUGUGGAAAGAUGAACCCUCUUACUUGAAACAUAAAAGUGAAAUUAUGCCAUACAUGGAGAAACUUCAAAUGCUGGUACCUUUGAAUGCAUAUGAGGCUGUAUCAGAAGGUGGCAUGUCAUGGUACGUCCCAUGUAUGAACAAAAAGCAGUUUAAAGCUGACUUCUGUGAAGAUAAGUGGGAAUGCUCAUCCAUUUUGUGCUAUCGAUUCAGUUCCUUUGCCAUGUUUGUGUUCUACAGACUGGUAGCAUACUGCAUAAGUUCUCUAAGAUGGAGUGUAGCAAAAGAUGAAUAUAAUGAAGGAAGUCCAUGUCUUUAUCAAACAGGGGCAGUGUUUGAUCACAAUGAACAUACUGUUGUUGUUGGCAUAUGCAAUGAUGAUAUUCAGUUGCAGGUGCUGAGAAUCAAACCAUUGACUGUAGAGAAAGGUGUAUCAAAUGAAAUUGGAGUCUCCAUUGAUAAAGCAAUAAAAAAAUUGACAGAAACAUUUAUUGACACAAAAAUAUUCCAUAGAGGAUACAAAUGUCAAAACAUUAUUUGUAAUGAGAAAGAUCUAUCUUUUACCCUUUCAAGUGAGCUCUCCAAGAUCAAGGCAGAAGAAACGCAGUGCAAGUGUGAACUUCGGGAGAAACAUGUGAUAAAUGUACAGAGGACACAGGGAUUCUGGGAAAAGAGAGAGUCGAGUGAUUCCAGUACUCCAAAGGCCUCUGGACAAAACCUAGAAGGCCGGUCUAGAUUUGCAAAACUUGGUAUGGCUACAAAUGAUGUGUUGAAUAAAGCAUACAGAGAUAUUCUAGAAUCAGAGAUUCCUGCAUCUGAUAUUGAGAACAAGGUGGAUUUAUUAUCAAACAAAAAGUUGAAGAGUCUGAAUCUACACGCAAAUCAAGAAGAUCAAUUGAAAAAAGCAAAAAUAUCAGGAUAUGAGGAAUUUGAUAUUUCAUUAACAUACAAAUUGAUAAGAAACAUUUGUUCAAAGAUUCCUAAACCAACAAAAGGAAAAUGGGGAGAAGAGCCUGCAGCAGGAGAGGUGAGAGUGGGUGAUGAUAUCGAGAGAAUUAGAUCAAUACGAAACAGUUUGACUGCACAUGUGAGUUCAGCCUCUAUCUCUCAGACAGAAUUUGAUGACACCUGGUCGAUGAUGUCAGAUAUCUGCAAAAGACUGGAAACGUUCACUGGUAAAAAGUACUUGGAUAGUCUUAAAGGCAUUCAGAAACUGGCUCUGAAAGAGGAAGGGGAAGAUGCAAUAAAAGCUAUCAUAGAAAAGUUUGUCAAGGAUCAACACGAACAACAUGAACUGUUGAAGUCAGUCGUGUCAGAUGUUCAAGAAAUAAAGUCUCAAAUGAUGACAUUAAAACGAAAUUGAAGACUAAAGGCAGCAAUUUAGAAAUAAUAAUUUUUUACUCGUAGAAAGUUCGCUGGGAUAGUGAAUAAUGGAUUCUGUAACACUUGGUUGAAGAUGUCAGAAAUCUGCAAUGUACGUGCAGGUUUCAUUGGUUAAAAGCCUAUGGAUAAGCUUAAUUAUAAUCAUAAACUGGAUAUAAGGCAUUUGAUAUUUCAUUUACAUACAAGUUGUUAAGAAAUAUCUGUUCAAAGAUCCCUUAACUAACAAAAGGAAGGUGGGGAGAAGAGCAUGCAGCAGUUGUAGAGGUGACUGUGGGUGAUGAUAUUGAGAGAAUCUGGUCAAUGCAAAAUAGAUUGACUGCACAUGUGAGUUCAGCCUCCAUCUCUCAGACAGAAUACGGUGACACCUGGUCAACAAUAUCGGAUAACUGCCAACGACCGGAAACCUUCACUGGAAAAAAAGUACUUGGAUAGUCUUAAAGGCAUUCAGAAAGUGGCUCUAAAAAAGAAAGGGGAAGAUGCAAUAAAAGCUAUCAUAGAAAAGUUUGUCAAGGAUCAACACGAGCAACAUGAACUGUUGAAGACAGUCGUGUCAGAUGUUCAAGAAUUAAAGUCUCAAAUGAUGACAUUUAAACGAAAUUGAAGACUAGAAGCAACCGCUCAAAAAUGAUAAUUUUUAUUCACAGAACGUUAGCUGGACUAGUUAAUAAUGAAUUCUGUCACACUUGGUUGAAGAUGUCGAAGAUCUGCAAUGCAGUCGAAAGUUUCAUUGGUGAAAAGCCUCUGAAUAAGUCUUAUUUUAAACAUAAACUGGAUAUGAGGAAUUCGAUAUUUCAUUUAUAUACAAAUUGUUAAGAAACAUUUGUUCAAAGAUCCUUUAGUCAUCAAAAGGAUGGUGGGGAGAAGAGCCUGCAGCAGGAGAGGUGACA